AUGUAUGCUCGCUUCGCUCGCAACAAAAAGGAAUGGGUCGCGCACGGCCUGCCAUGGGAAACUCUACGUGCAGUUUUGUCGGUGCCGCAUUUGCGCGAGUUUAAACUCAGAGAUCUGUAUCUCUGCCCUGUCUUGCAGCCGGGGGAGGAGCUCAACUUCGAGUCGUUGGCCCCGCUCACGUCGUUCCAAUACCGGUUACGCCUUGCAUCAGAACCGCUUGCUUCCUCCUCCGAGACGGCUGCUCUGCAGGCUGUCCUAGGCAAACUCUGCGAGACGCUCGAGACGCUUGAUCUCGUCAGUGAGCGCGCCCCGCUAGCCGAUCUGUCUCAACUUCGUUGGCCUCGUCUGCGCAAGUUGGUCUAUUGCGGAGUACCAUGGAGUACGUUGUCCGCGCCGUGGAUCUCAUUCCAUCAUGGCAUGGUCAAUUUGCGGUCGCUCUCCCUCAAACUCGAUUUGACGCCAGGAGGUAUCCCCCAGAUGCUGUGGCCUGCCGACUAUGCGGGUCCAUUCCCGUGGCCGAUGCUCGAACAUCUGCUCGUGUCCUUCCCUGACCCUCGCGACAAGGUCUACGAUCACCUCCCGUCGUCGCUGUGUGCGCUGUCCUUGCGUUGCUAUCCACAUCUUCACGUCCAGCGACGGCCCUCUGCUUAUGGUGCCAAUCCCGCGGACAGUUACCCCGACCACCCUGCCCUCUCCAGUUCAGCUUCGAUUCUCUCGAUCUUGCGUCGAUGCAACAUGCUGGAUCUUACCCAAUUCGAGAUUGAAUACCGUGCUGAUGGUGAAGAAGAUGCCCUCUUGCGACAGAUUGCGGUGAUGUUCCCGCAUCUGAAGUCGCUGAAACUUCAUCGCUAUCGGUCUGCGCAAGAAAGACAGGGAAAUAUAGAUGUAUCUGUGGUAAGCUGUCGUUGUUGCGUCACGGUCUGUCAUACUUAA